ACAACAAGGGAUCCACGAGGGCAGCAGUAGUGGAUUUUCUCUGCUAGAAACUUUAAUCAUAGACUCAUCCAGUUGUUUUAUUGAAUUGAACUGAAUGCUGAUAUAUGUGUAGGCGUGGUGUAUGUGCUGCAGUACGUUUUCUAUAAAUUCUCCUUUUAAGUUUGUACUAUAAACAUAUAUAGGUUCUGGUGUUUGGACGUAUUUGUGUUUUACGAUCCAGAUUCUACGUGAAGAAACAUGGGGUUGUUUAAAAGAAACAAAGGAGAAGCUGUAGUGACGAAACCAGAUGAAGGGAAAAAAGUACAGUUAAAACGACAAAUUUCUCUUCUACAUGGUGUUGCUAUCAUCGUUGGAAUAAUUAUCGGAUCUGGGAUAUUUGUUUCUCCAGUUGGAAUUCUCCAACGCGUUGAUUCUGUGGGUUUGUCGUUCGUGAUGUGGAUAGCAUGUGGAAUUUACAAUACUUUAUGCGCUAUAUGCUAUGCAGAAUUAGGGACAACAUUUCCCCAAUCAGGAGGGGAAUAUAUAUACAUUAAAAGAGCAUUCGGGGAGACAAUGGGUUUCGUCUGUUUAUGGAUCAACUUUUUGUUAAUAUGUCCGGUUGGAAUAGCGGCAUCAGCCCUGAUUUUUUCGCUGUACAUUCUAAAACCGUUUUUCCCAAACUGCGAUGGGGUACCAAUGACGGGCCUUGCUCUACUUGCGGCAGUUAUUAUCACACUACUGAUCCUGAUCAACAUCAGAAAUGUCAAGUGGGCAGCUAAAGUACAGGUGAUCAUCACUGCCAGUAAACUCAUCGCUCUCCUCAUCGUCAUCAUCAUCGGCUUCAUCUAUAUCGGCAACGGUGAGGUUGAAAACUUUGAGGAGCCGUUUGUAGGUUCGGAUUACAGUGUUGGUGCGAUUGCUAUCUCGUUCUAUUCUGGAUUCUGGGCCUACAGUGGAUGGAGCUACCUGAACUUCCUUGUUGAUGAAAUCGUGGAACCGAACAAGAAUUUGCCCAGAGCUAUCGUGAUUUCUAUGUCCAUUGUAAUAUCAACAUACCUGGCUGCCAAUGUGGCGUACCUGGGUGUUCUCACACCGGCUCAAAUGAUCAAGUCCGAGGCUGUUGCUGUGACCUUUGCCGAGAGUACGAUGGGUGUUAUGGCCUGGCUUAUGCCGGUUCUCAUUGCUCUCUCUGUGUGUGGCACCAUGAACGGAUGUGCUCUGUCCAUGUCAAGGUUGUUCUUUGUUGGAGCCCAAAACAAACAGAUGCCAGCCUUUAUGGGGAUGAUCCAGUACAAAAACAUGACACCAUCUCCAUCUCUUCUGGUCAUUCUUGUGAUGACUCUGAUCUACACUUCGACCACCAACAUUUUCUUCCUGAUCGAGAUGGAGGGCUUCGGCUUUGCCUGUGUGCUCACCCUCGUGUUUGCAGGCCAAGUGUAUCUCCGCUACAAGGAGCCAGAUAUUGAUCGCCCGAUCAAGGUGCCAAUCAUUUUGCCGAUUAUCCUGUGUCUUAUAAGUGGCUUCAUUGUGGUUCUGACGCUCUACCAGAAGCCGUGGGAGAGUCUGGUGGCUUUGUGCCUUGUUGCUGCGGGAACCAUCUAUUAUCUUGUGUUACCGAAACUUCCAAAAUCCAUCACAGACAAGAUAGAUACAUUCACACAGGCGACCCAGAAGCUCCUGAUGGUGCUACCUCCAGACAACCCAGAUGAGAUCAACUGGGAGUAGACUGGCAGGCAUCGGGACCCAGCAACGCAAAUAAUGUCGACUGGAGACUUUCAGGCAUCAGGACCCUCGGGUCAAAAGGAUGUUGGGCUGGGUGUAAAAUGUUAAUCCACUGGGUGUUAAAUGUUAAUCCAUUACAUCCAUGGAAGUGCGAAAAUAAUGGUCCACAGUGACCACUGGCUGAUGGGUGUCGGAUAUCCACACCCAACAGGUUUCUGGGUGACAGAACGGCCGGGAGGGCGGGGGGUGGUUAAUAAGUUAUUACAUGACCAACAUAAGCGAAGUAGGAAACUAAAUACAGAACAUCAGAGGACAAGGUAAUUAACAACAGAACCAUUAUAAGCAGGCAAACAUUUCCUAGUGUACAGUGCUACAAUCCUUUUUUCCUAUUAAUUGAAAUAUGGUAUUUUUUCCUUGUCCAUUUUUUUUUGACAGAUACAUUUUGUUUAUUAUAAUAUUCUGCAUCUAAUACACAUAUUAUUUAUUGUUAAAAAUAUAUUAUCCACCUACCACCCAACUGAAAACAAAAUGCUUUUAAACAUUUUUGUUUUAGCUUUGUAUUCUAUGCCACACGAGCUUCAGUACCACUGCUUAACAGAAUGUUGUUUUCUGUAAAAAAAUAUAUUUGUUCAUGGUAAGAUAUAAUUUGUAAAAUGAAAAAAAAAACCCAUUAAAUUUAUGACCUUAAGGUGAACAAGACAAGGACAGAUAAUCAGCAAAAUAUAAUCUAAAUUACUGUAGAAUGGAACAAAAUUGAUUCUUUAAGAAUUACAAGAGGUCUAAAUUUGGGAAUCAAACAAAACGUGGAUUCGAAUCAAAUGAGAAAGAUCUCUUGGAAUGAUUGACAUAAUAUUCUGAAUUUCAUUUUAUUGUAAGAUAUUUUUGGAUUUUGGUAAAUAUUGUAUGAGAAACCGUAUCUCACACAAAUUAUGUUUAAUUUCUUCUCUUCAUGACAAUGGGCUAAUUGUCUCCAGUGAAAGAACUUUUGGAAACUUAGGAGUAUGUUGGGUAGACAGAUUUCCCCAUCUAUUGAGGAACAUGUAGAAAAAAGUUUCAUAUUGAACAGUUUCCAUUUUUAUGUCGAACAGAUUUUUGCUUUUGCUAAAUCUCUAAAGUUGGUUUAUUGCUGAUAUUUGCUUUAAAAUGUUUCAGAAUCUCCGAAGACAAUUAUGACUUGUUAAAAUGUUUUAAAAUGUCUAAAAUUUCAAAGGAUAAGAAAAUUGUUAAUUUAUUCCUUUUAACUUAUUACGAAUCUCAACAUUCAUUGGGGAAGGUGCUUGUAUGGCUAUUGCAGUGUGUUAAUUUCAUUUUGCCUGAUGGUUUAGAUUAUGAUUUCCUUCGACAGAAAUAUUUCUACUGCAUUUAUCAGUAUCAUCCAUGAAUGUGUUGCAUAAUAAGUUCAUUAAUAUAAAGGUCUGGCUUAACCAGUUAAUAUAGUGCAUUUAUAAUUAUGAUGGUUUCCCUAUAUUGUAAUACAGUGUAAGAAAGAAUGUGACUGAGUGAGAGGCAGACAGAAGGUGACUGACAGACGGAGUGAGAGACAGACGGAGUGAGAGACAGACGGAGUGAGAGACAAACGGAAGGUGACUGACAGACGGAGUGAGAGACAGACGGAAGGUGACUGACAGAUGGAGUGAGAGACAGACGGAGUGAGAGACAGAUGGAGUGAGAGGCAGACAGAAGGUGACUGACAGAUGGAGUGAGAGACAGAUGGAGUGAGUGACAGACAGUGAGAGACAGAGUGAGAGACAGACAGAGUGAGAGACAGACGGAGUGAGAGACAGACAGAGUGAGAGACAGACGGAGUGAGAGACAGACAGAAGGUGACUGGCAGACUGAGUGAGGGACAGACCAAAGGUGACUGACAGACGGAGUGAGAGACAGACGGAAGGUGACUGACAGAUGGAGUGAGAGACAGACGGAGUGAGAGACAGAUGGAGUGAGAGGCAGACAGAAUGUGACUGACAGACGGAGUGAGUGACAGACAGUAAGAGACAGAUGGAGUGAGAGACAGACGGAAGGUGACUAGCAGACUGAGUGAGAGACAGACGGAGUGAGAGACAGAUGGAGUGAGUGACAGACAGUGAGAGACAGACGGAGUGAGAGACAGACGGAAGGUGACUGACAGAGUGAGAGACAGACGGAGUGAGAGACAGACGGAAGGUGACUGGCAGAGAGACUGAUAGAAAGAUAUUAAAAUGAAGAUUAUAUAUACACACAUACAAAAUGUACAUGUAUACAUAUAUGUAUUUAAUUUUUUUUUAUUAGAAUUUGAUGUGUUCAGUUGUCUUGUCAAAUGUUAAAGAGAAACAUUUGUUUUUUACAGUGUUUUUGUAUUGUUAACAAGUUAGUAUGUUCAGUGCUGCUGUUUGCAUAAUAAUCAAACUGAGAGAAAACAAACUUUGAUAACUUGUAGAUCUUUGUAUGACAAUUGUGUAGUUUUGCCUGAGUACAGUAUUGCCUAUCAGAGCUAUUUUCCUCAUAAUUCGGGACUUCUGUGUAUGGUAUGUAAACCAGAUAUUAUGAUGACCAGAUCCAGAGGUGUAUUUAUAUAUAAAUUUAGCCUGUGUUAUCUCAAUAUCAGUACACUACAGACAUGAAAUAGUGUAAGUUUAAUAUAUUUAAGCUAGAAGCAAGACAACUUGUUUCAUGACCAAAUGAUCGGCUGUAACAGAAUGGGCUGGAAACAUUGAUAUGGAGAUGAUCUAUUUUUCUAAGUUAUUAAUGGGACAUCAGGACGAAAAACACUGGUGUGUGAGAGAUAAUACAAUAGAAGUCUCAAUUGUUAUUUAGUAUUUAUGUUAAUGUGUAUGUCAUGUCAUUAUGAUAUGUACAGAGUUAUCAGAUCUGAUUCGUUCUAUUGAGAUGUUUAAGCUCUACAUAUUAUAUCACGUGUGUAAUUAAUGUCCCCCGCUGUUGAAGUAAUUAAAACACUAUUAAGUAUUAUUCAUGACCAACAGUAGAGGCCACUUUCUAAGAGAAGAACAUUUGUUGUGACUAGUGUUUAAAUGAUUCAGUAUUUCCACUCUCCCUCAUACACUGGUUUACGGUCCAUUGGUCAGUUUUCUAAGUUUGUAAUACAGCAUAACUUGUCUUACAACCCCUUGGAUAUAAAGAUAUUCUUUGUAGAUUAACCUGUCUUUUGUGAACACCUGUGUGAUCUGACAAGUUCUGUUUGGAAGGUUACGUUCUAUUAUUUCUGUUUGAUGUAUAUUUAAUACAAAUCACUCUCCAUAUUCUCCCAAGUCAUUAUCAUAAACAACAUGUCAUAUCUCGUUAACUGAUUACUGUUCUCAUGUAGGAUGGUGACUAGUAUUAAUUCUGCCUUUAUCUGUUACAGUAUGAAGUGUAUAUGUUACAUAUCGUUCACUGUCAUCUGUUAGAUGGUAGUUAUCGAAGGUACAUCAGUUAGAUGGUAGUUAUUGAAGUACAUCUGUUGUGCUUGAUUAUACUGUUGAAUACCGAGGUGUUGUCAUUUGUGUUUAGCUCGGUUGACGAGCGUGUUGAGCCCGAGUGUGCUGGUUGUCAUGGGUUUCACUCUCAGUGUGGAGCUGAGUGUAAUUUACAACUUAACUUUCAGCAAAAGUAUUUGCAUAAUACAUUGAUCUUUUGAUGUACCUGGUAAAUUGUACAAAUAUGGUUAAUAAAAUACAUUUUCCAGCAAAUGACAUGUCUGCCCCCGUCAUGUGUUGGUAGUUACUUCAUUGAGUUACGAUUCCACCUUUCUAAGGUCAGUUGUGGGGUCAAGAUUAACCGUUUGGUGUACUGUAGUGUAAAGAAAGUAAGUUUCCGGAUUCAUGCCAAAUAUAACACUAUCUUUUUUUUUAUCAUGGCACUUACUGGCCAGUCAUGGUGCUUACUGGCCAGUCAUGGAGCUUACUGCAAACAACACCAAUUUGUAUCAUAGUAUUAGAGCAGAAAUAUAUCGGUAGUACGAUUCAUUUUAUCAUUAAACAUCAUUGUGUCCUCGGAAAAGUUUGUUUAGCAUUUUUUGCUGUUUAUUUCAUGCUGUAUAUAUUUUUAUGUAUUUAGUAGUGUGCUAUGAUUAUAUAACCAAUUUUAUACAUGUGUUUGGUAUCGGUGUUAAAAUGUGAUAUCAGUGUUCAGUGUUAAAAUGUGGUAUAAUGUGGUAUAAUGUGGUAUCAUUGUUAUAAUGUGGUAUCACUGGCAUAAUGUGGUAUCAUUGAUAUAAUGUGGUAUCAUUGUUAUAAUGUGGUAUCAUUGGUAUAAUGUGGUAUCAUUGUUAUAAUGUGGUAUAAUGUGGUAUAAUGUGGUAUCAUUGUUAUAAUGUGGUAUCACUGGCAUAAUGUGGUAUCAUUGUUAUAAUGUGGUAAUUGUUAUAAUGUGGUAUAAUGUGGUAUCAAAUUGUUAUAAUGUGGUAUCAUUGUUAUAAUGUGGUAUCAUUGUUAUAAUGUGGUAUCAUUGUUAUAAUGUGGUAUCAUUGUUAUAAUGCAUAUAUAGUGAGUUAUGGAGAGUAGAUGUGGAAGAUGUUCGAACUCUUGUCAGGCGACACGUCAUUGGUGGGUUGAGCAGUCAGUAGAUGAAUGUGAUCUCUACAGGUAGUCAUAUGAAAUAGGUUUUGUGCACAUCAUAAUAUUUGCAGGAUUCCUUUUUUGCACUGAACUUGUAAUUUGAUCUGUUUUUAACUACAACGUACCAAAGAUCCAUUUAUAGAACAGAUCAUUGAACAUUUUCUGUGUCGCCCCCAUUUUGAAUUCCUACGCUUUUCACUAAUGACGAUCUCAUCAUCGAACUUUAUUUAAUCAUAAAAACAUUUCUACAAACACUGCAUACAAGUCUUGUGUACAUAGCUAUCUAGGCUUAUGUUGAGGUGUACAGCCGUUUGUGUUGAGGACAUGUAAUUAUCCCGAAGCUGUACUUCACUGGAAGUACAAAGAGAGGUGUACACCAUAUGAAAGUAAAUAUAUAACUGAUUGUUCUAAUUUUGAUUCUGACCAAGUGAUGGGAUGUUUGUGAAGUAGUUGUCUUUAUCUAUUGGCAGCUUCUCCGACACCUACUUUGUUGUUGUUUUCAGGACUUUGCAGUGUUACACAUUUUGUUAUUAUUAUAUCUGUUGGUACGGUAUGUUUGAUACCUAUAAACUAGGUGGGUUUUAUGUAAUCCAUUUUGUGUGUCGAAAGUAUUAUUCCCAGGAAUUUCUGAACAAGUUAAUGCAAUGAAAAAGUAUUUUGUUUACUAGAAUUUACCUGUGUAAUCUAAACAAAAUCAUCUGUUGUAGCUGUUUUUGUCUCUAGUUUCCAUGACAAACGUGUUUUAUGUCGGGGGUAUAGUGGAUGAUACAGUAUUGUAAACCUCGAUAAUACAACCCCCGAGUACUGUUGACAUCCUGUCUAAUCUAACUGGUACCUACAGGGUGUCAGAUUAGACAGGUGUCGGUGUACAUACAUAUAACACAUACAAUUUAUCUCGUACGGAAGGUUAAAUUCAGCACUGAUUGGUCAUGUACUGAUGCAGCUGUCUAUAUGCAAGAUAUAUUUAGUUUGUCUAUUUAAGCUAUUAAUGCCUGAUGAUGCUAUAAAGCUGUCAGUAAAUAGCUAUCUAACUACUGUUUAUAUUUUUGAAGUUGUGAUGAAUUAGUCAAAGGUGAAGCUUUCCUAAUUAAUUAACUAUAAAGAGCUUCCUUCUCAAUGAUCAACAGGUUUUUGACCUUGACUGGAUAGAUGACCUUGACCUUGUCACUGUACCUGGUACACAGGUCCGGUUGUUGUCCAGGCAUAAUGUGCCUAACUGCUAAACGGUAUUAAUUGCGUGAACUGUUUUGAAUAAAAAUAUUUCGUCAGUGAA